AUGGGUCAAGCAAACUGCAGUUGCAAAGGCGUGAGCAAAGAAUGUCUUGUGGUCCUCCAAGGUGAUGACCCUGCUCCUCCACCUAUGCCCAGCGCGCCCAGCUCGCCCAAGGUGGCGCAGCCUGCUUCCGCCUCUCCAGCCUGUCCCGCUCCGGCCGCGGCCGCCCCUGUGGCCCCUGCGGCCACUGCGGCCCCAGCGACCAGAGCCGCCCCUGCGGCCAGUGCCUCUGCGGCUGAGAAGCCGCCCAGUGCCCGGGCAAACAGACGAGCAAGCAUCAUGAGCGACAGCAUCUCUGAGCAGAGUUCCGGUGGCCUGGCAGGCAGAAAGCCUCCAACGCCUCUGUCACUUGAUGGAACUUCUGUGCGACGCCCAAGCCUAGUCAUUGGCGCAGACCACAUUGGCCUGCACUGUAGAUUGGCUCAGACAGCUCAGACAUUGAGACCAGCUGCAACCAAUACAGGAAAGGAGUGUGUGGUUCCUUGUCUGAAGGCAUGGUAG